CCUAGUUCUCCAUCGCCAUUGAUGAGAUGAAGUGAGUUGCUUCGUCUCUCUCAAUGGGGUCGUUGUGGGUCUUGUUUGGGGCAUUUGCAUUGGGAAUCACAGCAGUUCAUGUCACCGGUCAGCAAGAAGGUUUCCUGAGCAUCGACUGCGGCCUGGAUCCCAAAUUCAGCCCGCGCAAGGACACAUACACAGGUAUCACCUAUGUCUCCGACGGUCCGUACAUCGACGCUGGGGCUGGGGAAAACCACAGGGUAGCCCCCGAGUUCGAUACUUUUACCGCCAGACCCGAGGUCGACCUCCACACGCUCAGGAGUUUCCCAUCCGGCUUACGGAACUGCUACACGCUCCCCACCAAGAGCGGCGCCAAGUACCUCAUCCGGAUGGUAUUCUUCCACGGGAACUACGAUGGCAAGACGGUCAAGUUCGAACUACACCUUGGCACCAACUACUGGGAUACGACGUUGAUCCCAAACACGACCGAUAACACGCCUUGGUUUCACGAGGCGAUCUUCAUCGCGUGGGCGAGCUCGGUGCCGGUGUGCCUGGUGAACACAGGUAGUGGUACGCCGUUCGUCAGUACGGUGGAGCUGAGGCCGCUCGGCGUCUCGCUUUAUCCGGACCUCGCCAUCAACGAGUCCAUGUCCUUGGAUGGUGGAAGGAUAAAUACCGGGGGGGUGGAUUUUACUCGGUUUCCUGACGAUCCAUAUGACCGCUACUGGAGCUCGGGAACCAUGUCAUCAUGGGCAAAACUUUCCACCAAAGAUACCAUCAAGCAGCACGACGACUUCGUGGUACCCAUCCCCGUUCUUCAGACAGCCGUCGCUCCUAUCAACAAUGGCACGGUGCUACGCGUCAAUACAUGGGUAUCGCAGGGAACACCAUCCGAGUUUAAGUUCAUCCUACACUUCGCCGACAUUCAAAACGCCCAGCUCCGGCAAUUUGACAUCUACCUAAACAACGAGAAGUGGUACACGAAUUACAGCCCUCCGUACCUGGCCGCUGGUAACGUGAGUAGUUCUGAAUGGUAUAAGACUACGGACGGCCAGCACAGUUUCACUCUUGCAGCCACCAAUACAUCCGUGCUGCCUCCGAUGAUCAAUGCAUACGAGGGCUACAAACUCAUCCCCCACGAUAUUCCGAGGACGUUCUCCAAAGACUUUGACGCAAUGAUGGCUAUCAAACUUGAGUAUGGAUUAAUGAAAAAUUGGAUGGGUGAUCCAUGUUUUCCGGCCAAAUAUCGAUGGAAUGGCGUGAAGUGUAACGAUAACACUACGAGGAUAAUAUCUCUUGAUCUGUCCAACAAUAACAUGAGUGGAUUGGUGUCUGAUAACUUCACAUUGCUCACAGAACUCCGAUUUCUAGAUUUAUCUGGCAACAGUCUGAAUGGACCAAUCCCAUAUUCCCUUUGUAAAAGGAAUGCAGGAUCGCUCGUUUUCAGAUACGAGUCUGGUGAAGAUAUGUGCAACAAAACAAUAACUUCGACUCCAUCAAAAAAUAGAACAGCUAUAAUAUCUAUUUCAGUAGUGGUUCCCUUGGUGGUAGUGGUUGUGCUUGUUCUGUCAUGUUUGAUCUGGAGAGGGAAGAAAAAGCCAAAAUUUUCUGUACAGAAUACUCCCAGAGAGCAAGAACUUGAGAGUGCCCUUCGAAGCACAAAAAAUCAGGGUGGUCACCUGCAAAAUACCGAGAAUCGACGAUUCACAUACAAGGAUCUGGAGAAGUUUACAAAUAAAUUCCAACGGUCCAUUGGGAAAGGAGGUUUUGGGAACGUGUACUAUGGCCGUUUAGAAGACAAUAGUGAGGUUGCUGUCAAGAUGCGUUCUGAAUCAUCGUCACAUGGGCUUGACGAGUUCUUAGCGGAGGUCAAUAGCUUGACAAAGGUGCAUCACAGGAAUCUAGUUUCUUUGGUUGGCUAUUGCUGGGAGAAGGAGCAUUUAGCACUGGUUUAUGAGUACAUGUCCCAGGGCAAUCUUUGUGAUCAUCUAAGAGGGAAAAAUGGUGUUCAUGAACCCUUGAAUUGGGCGACACGUGUACGAGUCGUGCUCGAAGCAGCACAAGGCCUGGAUUAUCUGCACAAAGGAUGUAGCUUGCCCAUAAUUCACCGGGAUGUGAAAACCAACAACAUUCUCAUAGGUCAAAACCUACAGGCGAAAAUAGCUGAUUUUGGACUUUGCAAGACCUAUCUUAGCGACAUGCAGACCCACAUAUCAACCAAUGCAGCUGGGACAGCAGGUUACAUGGACCCCGAGUACUAUCACACUGGCUGGCUCAGUGAGAGCAGCGAUGUGUAUAGCUUCGGUGUUGUUCUACUUGAGGUGGCCACCGGUGAGCCUCCAGUACUGCCGGGCCAUGGCCACAUUGUUCAGCGUGUGAAGCAGAAGAUUGCCACCGGCAAUGUCACCACGGUGGCUGAUGCCCAUCUUAGAGGUGAAUAUGAUGUCAACUCCAUGUGGAAACUUGUCGACACUGCCAUGGCGUGCACAGCGGAUGCUGCAGUUCGCAGGCCGACAAUGGCCGCUGUGGUAGCGCAGCUGAAAGAGAGCCUUGCGCUGGAGGAAGCUCGCGAAGACAGUAGUGUCAUAGGGAGCAUCGCAAGUACUACUGAUGCCCCGAUGUCAGAGUUUGGACCAUCGGCAAGAUGAGGCUGCGAUUACGCAGAUGUGUUUCAUUGCAUCGUGGAUGGGUCUCUACUCUCUAGUCUCUUUUUGUGGGAUUGCAAGGUCUUCAUUACAACGGUUGAUUCUGAAUUAUUUGUCAUGCUAGGGCAAGAUAUUACGUAUUUAUGUUGUGUUAUGUUCUGUGAAACUUGACCAUAUGUUUGCACGCAAUAAGGCAUGGGUGAGCUGUAGCAGGUCUGGAGCUAAUUUCCAUACAUAUGAUUGUAAUAUGACAACCUAUGGCUUGGUUAGUGGUCUUGAUCAGUUGGAAAUGUGGUGUAGUGUGGUGAGGCAUUAAUUUGCUUCGGUAUUGCUACCUUUGAAUUUCAUACUGUUAUUGCUUCAAGUUGUUCCAUUUGGUCCUCGGCUGAAGAUGGAGGUAGCGGUCUGGAAACGGUGGCUGGUGAGUUUUGUUUGUAGCCUGAGAAAAUCAAGUUCAACUUAUCAUAAUAGCGAUCUUAUUUUUCUUUAAUGAGAUAGAAUAAAUAGAGUAAUAUCAUGAUGGCUGGGUGCUAGGUGGAGUAGGGCCAGGGAGGUGACGAUUUGUGAUGCCUAGACUUACCAAGCUCUUGUAAAUGAACUUUUCUCUCUAUCUUAGGGUGUGUUUCAUUCGGGGACGAAGUGGAAUGGAAUGUCAUGGUUCCAUUCCACUGGAACGGGUUGGUUCCGUCCUUGUGUUUGGUAGAGGAGAUUUAAAGGAACGGAAUGGUUACAUUUUGA